UACCAACGAAUGCACCAACUGACGGGAGAUUCUGGCACGUUCGCGUCCAUGAACUACCCGCACUACCCCUACCAUAACCACGUGUACCAACAGUGGAACAUCACCGUGGAUACACACGAGGCUGUCAAACUCACGCUUGUGUUCAUCGAUACACAAGGCUAUCCGGGGCACUGCCGUAACGACUAUGUACAAGUUGUAGACCCCUAUGAGCACAAAUCCUUGUCUUGGUGUGGCACUUGUGCGCACUCGUCGACUAGUACUGUAACCUCAGCUGAACACAGUCUGUACGUCUUCUUCGUCACGGACUUUGUGAUUCGCAGAGCUGGGUUUUCAGCACGGUAUGAGGCAGUGGACAACAGGCUAGGACCACCUACUCCAGCUGUUCCAGACACUACAUCUGAUUGGCUGUUGGUCAGCGACGGGAUCAAACAAAUCAGCGUCAGUGCCUCCACCAAUCAGGUGUGGGCUCUGGAUGUGGACGGCAGGCCGCUGCGACGAAUGGGUAUCACCAAAACAGCUCCUCAAGGUACGCACGGGUAUCACUAAAACAGCUCCACAAGGUAAGCCCGGUAUCACCUAAACAGCUCCACAAGGUAAGCACGGGUAUCACCUAAACAGCUCCACAAGGUACGCACGGGUAUCACCUAAACAGCUCCACAAGGUACGCACGGGUAUCACUAAAACAGCUCCACAAGGUACGCAA